UUUUUAGUCUUUUCCUCUCUCCCUUUUGCUUCUCUCUCUGUUUUGCAGCUUUCCGCCAUUGAAGACAGCAAUAUGAAGGCCCCAUUGCAGCAGCCGAUUACCCAAAACGACCCUAAUUCUCAUCGCUCACAACCACCUCUCAAAUGCCCUCGCUGCAAUUCCACCAACACCAAAUUUUGCUACUACAACAAUUACAAUCUCACUCAGCCCCGCCACUUUUGCAAGACCUGCCGUCGAUAUUGGACCAAAGGUGGCGCCUUGAGAAACAUCCCCAUCGGUGGUGGCUGCCGGAAAAACAAAAAGCUCAAAUCUUCUUCCUCUAAUUCUAAUUUCCUCACCGGAAUCUCACCCUCCAUUGAUUUUAGUACCAUCGGAACAGGAGGAUCGUUGUUUCCAUGUUCUUGCUUCUCUCUUGGUCAAACGGCGGCGACGGAAACGGCGGCGGCGACGGCAAUUCCCGCCACCAAUUACUCAUCCAUGGGGCUCUACAAUUUAAACGACAACACCCAGCAGCUUGCUUCUUCAAUUGAGUCUUUGAGCUACUUAAACCAAGACCUCCAUUGGAGAUUACAGCAACAGCGGUUGGGUAUGAUAUUUGGAGAUCAUGAUCAAAAUCAAAAAAUUUUGCAACCCAUUUCGUUUCAGAAUCUAGAGACUCCAAAACAGGAAGCUUUUUUCGAUAAUAAUCAUCCUAGAAAAGAUUCAACACCCGCCGCCGCCGCUACAGGUACAACAACUACUACUACUACUACUGAAUGGAUCUUUGGAAAUAAUGAUUCUUAUCAUCAUCAUCAUCAAAUGAGUAUUACAAGCAACAGUUCAAGAAAUAUAGGCGGCAAUGCUGGUGGGAGUGGGUAUAAUAAUAAUGGAGUUGAAGCUAAUUGGGAAGAUUUACUUCAUUUCACUGCCUUGCCCUAAUGGUAAAGAUCUCUCCACAAUUUUA